AAAAAUCAUUUUGGUAUUUGGACGUAAGAGAAAGUUGGUGUUCGCAGUACACAUUUUGCAAGGAUACAGUACCAGUCAUGUCACGUGUCCAGGAGAAGGACGAUGGCGGGGAGACCUUGGAGUUUAUGGACAUGGGGGAUAUCCGGACACCCGCCUUUGGUAUAAAGACUGACGAUGAACUCAAGAAAAUCUUUGACGGGAUACCAGAAUUCAAACACAGGGAUGACGACGUUAUGUUGUGCACAUUUGCAAAGACCGGAACGAACUGGAUGUAUGAGGUAUUGAUGAUGUUGCUGCGGCGGAAGGCGGAACGGGUGGAUCUCAACAAGAGCAUGACCAUGCUUGAGCUACAGGGGGUGGAGGACGUGGACAAGGUCCCAUCUCCCAGAGUAAUCAACUGUCAUCUCCCACCCAGAUUUCUGCCCAAAGACCUGGCUCAGAAGAAGAUCAAGACGGUGUUAUGUUUGCGAAAUCCAAAGGACACGGCCGUCUCAUACUUCAACCAUAUGCGGGGCAUCAAAAUGUACAACUACGGUAACGGACAAUGGAAAAACUGGAUGCGGCCAUACGUCCAGGGAAAAUACGAGUACGGGCCCUAUCCUGCCUACUUGAACGAGUGGCAGGAAGUCAUAGAGGCGGGACCGAGGUACCCGAUACACGUCAUGUUCUUCGAGGACCUGAAAAUGAAUGGGAUGAAAGAAAUCGAAAGGCUUAUUUCCUUUCUAGAGAUCGAUAUAUCGGAUAGUUUGCAGAGAGAUAUACUAGACAUGUGUGGCUUCCAGAAGAUGGCUGCGGACAAAAUGCUCAUACAAGAUCAAGAUGGGUUUUUUAAUGAAAACUUUCGAUUCUUUAGAAAAGGUGAGGUUGGGGACUGGAAGAACUGGUUUACGGUGGAACAGAACGAAUACUUCGACUCCGAAUGGAACAAACAGAUCCGGGCAGAUACAAUCUUCCAGUUCAAGUACACACAUAGUCAAGGAAACUCCUAAUAAAAGUGUGUUUGGCCAACUCACUAAAAUACCCAUAACCCGAACAUUUGUUUAGCUUCCCCGGUGGUCGUUUGUAUGUUCGUUCUUCG